AUGGAAAUAAGGGCCAUUCUCUAUCUAUACAUACCCAUAAUUAAUGUGAUUUCCAAUUCUAUUCUACAGGGCAAAGUGUACUUGUUCGACAAAGUCUUCAAGCCAAAUGCAUCCCAAGAGAAGGUAUACAAUGAGGCUGCCAAGUCCAUUGUUACAGACGUGCUGGCCGGUUAUAAUGGUACGAUUUUCGCCUACGGUCAGACGUCUUCCGGUAAGACACACACCAUGGAGGGUGUUAUCGGUGAUCCGGCGAAGCAAGGUAUCAUACCGCGUAUCGUCAACGAUAUCUUCAAUCACAUCUACACAAUGGAAAUGAACCUUGAGUUUCACAUAAAGGUCUCAUACUAUGAAAUCUAUAUGGAUAAAAUUCGUGAUUUGCUUGAUGUCUCGAAAGUGAAUCUGAGCGUGCACGAGGAUAAGAAUCGUGUGCCGUAUGUAAAGGGUGCUACAGAGCGCUUCGUCUCGUCGCCCGAGGAUGUGUUCGAGGUGAUCGAGGAAGGAAAAUCAAAUCGGCACAUUGCUGUGACAAACAUGAAUGAACAUUCUUCGCGUUCGCAUUCAGUAUUUUUAAUCAACGUGAAACAAGAGAACUUGGAGAACCAAAAGAAACUUUCCGGCAAAUUGUACCUUGUAGAUUUGGCUGGUUCGGAGAAGGUAUCCAAGACUGGCGCCGAAGGUACUGUACUUGAUGAAGCUAAAAACAUCAACAAAUCAUUGUCUGCCUUGGGUAAUGUGAUCUCCGCACUGGCGGACGGCAAUAAGACGCACAUACCGUAUCGUGAUUCGAAGCUAACGCGUAUCUUGCAAGAAUCUUUGGGUGGUAAUGCACGCACCACAAUUGUGAUUUGUUGCUCACCAGCUAGUUUUAAUGAGGCUGAAACCAAAUCGACGUUGGAGUUCGGUCGCCGCGCCAAGACCGUUAAGAAUGUGGUUUGUGUCAAUGAGGAACUUACGGCUGAAGAGUGGAAACGACGUUAUGAAAAGGAAAAGGAGAAGAACGCACGCCUUAAGGGUAAGAUUGAGAAGUUGGAACUGGAGUUGGCUCGUUGGCGCGCCGGUGAAACCGUUAACGCCGAAGAGCAGGUCAUUGUGGAUGACCCCAUGGAGGCAAGUACGCCCAAUUUGGAAGUGGAGGCUCCAGCGAAUACUGCUGGUCCUGUGCCUGCAACUCCUGCGGCCGGCCUUAUGGUGGGCUCAAUCACCGGCGAUGAGCGCGCACGUCUAGAGGCUGAGCGCG